AUGUAUAAAAAUAUAUCAAUGUUAAUUGUUAACAAUAAUAAUGUUUUGAUGAAUGAUGAUGAUGAGAUGAUAGCAGAAUUUGGCUGUUACUGCAGCGUAGUGAUAGUAGUACGAGACCAACUCUCAUUGCAAUAUACUACAAAUAGAUAUUGUAUUAUAAUAAAAAUGCUGUUACAACAACAACAACAACCACCACCAGAACAGAAAAAUAGUUGGUUGGUUGUUUAUGUAAUAAAACUGCUAUUGACUAUCGCCUAUCGUUUAUCGUAUCUCUAA